GCCCCGGGCCCGCAAGCCCCGCCCCGACCUCUGCGCCCGCUCGCGAGCCCUUGCCAAUUCUCGGGGCGGGGACUGCGCGGGGAGGCGCGCGCCGGUGCGUGCGUGCUCCGGCGCCGCGGGCGGGCCAGUGAAGCCGGCGGCCCUGGCACGUGAUCUCGGAUCGGCGUGGUAGCUUGGUGGCUCCGUCUGUCUGUCCGUCCGCGGGUGCCAUCAUGGCGGACGCGGCCAGUCAGGUGCUCCUGGGCUCCGGUCUCACCAUCCUGUCCCAGCCGCUCAUGUACGUGAAGAUGCUCAUCCAGGUGGGAUAUGAGCCUCUUCCUCCAACAAUAGGACGAAAUAUUUUUGGGCGGCAAGUUUGUCAGCUUCCAGGUCUCUUUUGUUAUGCUCAGCACAUUGCAAGCAUCGAUGGGAAGCGUGGGUUGUUCACAGGCUUAACUCCAAGACUGUGUUCAGGGGUCCUUGGAACUGUGGUCCAUGGUAAAGUUUUACAGCAUUACCAGGAGUGUGACAAGGCUGAGGAGUCAGGAUCUGGAAAUGUACAGAAAGAAGUUUCAUCUUCCUUUGACCGAGUUAUCAAGGAGACAACUCGAGAGAUGAUGGCCCGUUCUGCUGCUACUCUCAUCACACAUCCCUUCCAUGUGAUCACUCUGAGAUCUAUGGUACAAUUCAUUGGCAGAGAAUCCAAGUACUGCUGCAAAAUAAUCUUGACGUAUUUCACGUUUCUUUCUUCUGAACCUAGUGGACUUUGUGACUCCAUAGCGACUAUCUAUCGGGAAGAGGGCAUCCUAGGGUUUUUUGCGGGUCUUAUUCCUCGCCUCCUAGGUGACAUCAUUUCUUUGUGGCUCUGUAACUCACUGGCCUACCUCGUCAAUACUUAUGCACUGGACAGCGGGGUUUCCACCAUGAAUGAAAUGAAGAGUUAUUCCCAAGCUGUCACAGGAUUUUUUGCCAGUAUGUUGACGUACCCCUUUGUGCUUGUCUCUAAUCUUAUGGCUGUCAACAACUGUGGGCUUGCUGGUGGAUGCCCUCCCUACUCCCCAGUGUAUUCUUCUUGGAUAGAUUGCUGGUGCCUGCUGCAAAAAGAGGGAAAUAUGAGCCGAGGAAAUAGCUUGUUUUUCCGGAAGGUCCCCUUUGGGAAGACUUAUUGUUGUGACCUGAGAAUGUUAAUUUGAAGAUGUGGGGCAGGGACAGUGACAUUUCUAUAGUCCCAGAUGCACAGAAUUAUGGGAGAGAAUGUUGAUUUCUAUACAGUGUGGCACGCUUUUUUAAUAAUCAUUUAACCUUGGGAAAAUGGAGGUGUUUGGUGUCUGCCUUUUUCUGUUCUUUUUUCCAGCACAACAUAAUUUACCACUGAUAUUCCCCCUUUAGUUAUUCUGAAACAUUUUUACUCCAGAUUAUUUUACUUAAAGAAGGAAGUUGCUUUUACCUAAAGGUACAGGCAGGCUGUCAUGCAAUUUGAGUCUUAGUUUAAGGCUUUGUAAAAUGAAGAGUACAAUCCUGUGAAGAAAGAGAAAUAAUUCUGUGAAACUUAAGAAAAUUAAUAAGGCAAAUGAUAUGGGAGGUUAUAAGUUACCUUUUCUUUAGUAGACCUUAAAAACUCAGCAGCAUCCACCAGAAUCUGUCUCCCAGUAUAUUCUUCUAAGCACAUUUAAUUAACCCUGUCUCUCAUACUUCAAAGAAAGGACAAUACACUGCUAAUCUACCCUAGAAAAUCUCUGCAUGAGGCAUCCAUGCCUUCAGUCUAUUAUUGCAAAGCAAUAAAUUGUGUUGCCAACAACAACAAAAAAAGGACAGUUAGAAUAAGCAAGAUUUGGAAAGGAAGCAUAAUGGCUUUUUUUUCCCAAAAGAAAUUCUUAUUAUCAUAUAAAAUAUGAAAAGCAAAUACUGCGGCAUUAGUCCCCUUCUCUAAGAGCUAAGUCUUUGCCAAUCCCUAAAUUACAUCAUUAUACAGUUCUAAUUGUAUAUAAUCUUUUGUGCUGCUGUUUUUUAUUUUGUUUGCUUUUUGUUGUUGCAGAAGGUGAGUAGUUUGUUUUUCAUUCCUAAUGACACACUUGGAAGGUAUACUUGUAACUUCACGUCUGGUAAUGCAGACGUAAGUCCACAGGAUUCUUAGGAUAUUGACCACCUCGCAUGUCAUACCCUCAGUUAGGCAUGGUAGCAUUCAUAGGAGGGGGAAAAGAUCAUUUUAGAAGGGAAUAAAUUUCCACUCAAGCAUAAAGAUCUUAUUUACUCAGGUCUUUUAAAAGCAGGUUAAAAUGCUCUAAAAUGAGAAAGCAUUUGGUUUCACUUACUUAAAUCCACUGGGUUGUUGCCAAAUGAAUAAGCACUGAAUUUGCUGUUUCUCAGAAGAAUUUGCUACUUCCCUAUCAAAGCUGCAGCACCCACAAUAUUAGAGUGGGCAUGCAGGGUCUCCUCCCUCCCCCGGGGUUUAGGAAUGUAGCCUGAAGCUCCUGAGUAGCUUACCUUGAAAUGUCUUUGAUGUCUCUUUGUCUCAAAAAGGAAUGUAAAUUUUAUAUUCUAUUCAAUAUUAUCUGCAUUUGUUUUAAUAUAAAAAUGUUUUGCAUUACCUACUUUUUUUCCCAAAAAAAAUCUUCAAGUAAAGAUGAUCUAGGAAAAUGU